AACAGACAGCGACGGGGUGGCGUGUCUGCGCGCGGGAGGGAGGGGUGUCAAGGCCAAAAAAAGCAACUGGAUUCCUCCAUGUGUGAGAGAUAUGAUUAGCUGUGACUCAGGACUGCCGGGCGCACUGAGCACUUCUCCUCAAAGGUUAGCAGACUCCCACGAAGCUCCCGGCCCACUGGUCACCCUCACCGCGGCUCACCAGAGACCCCCCUUUCUGCCCGGCUCUUCUGCACAAGCAACACAGCAGGUCGGCUCGGGGCUCCUACACGGCAGGACGAGAUGGGCAAAGAGAGGGGCCGCGAUCACACCCCGAACCAGAAUGGGCGGGACAAGAAGAAGAAGCAGAAGGAGAAGGACCUGGAUGAACUGAAGAAAGAGGUGUCGCUGGACGACCACAGAAUAACCCUGGAUGAGCUGGGCCGAAGAUAUGGAGUGGAUCUGUCUCGGGGGUUUACCACCGCCCAGGCCGUGGAGAUCCUGGCCCGGGACGGCCCCAACGCUCUCACCCCGCCCCCCACCACCCCGGAAUGGGUGAAGUUCUGCCGGCAGCUUUUCGGGGGCUUCUCCAUCCUGCUGUGGAUCGGGGCCAUCCUCUGCUUCCUGGCCUACAGCAUUCAGGCGGCCAUGGAGGAUGAGCCGGCCAACGACAACCUGUACCUGGGGGUGGUCCUAGCGGCCGUCGUCAUCAUCACGGGCUGUUUCUCCUACUACCAGGAAGCCAAGAGCUCCCGGAUCAUGGACUCCUUCAAGAACAUGGUGCCUCAGCAAGCCCUGGUAAUCCGGGACGGAGAGAAGCUUCAGAUCAAUGCAGAAGAAGUGGUUCUGGGGGACCUAGUCGAGAUCAAGGGUGGAGACCGGAUCCCAGCUGACCUUCGGAUCAUCUCUUCACAUGGCUGCAAGGUGGAUAAUUCCUCCUUGACCGGCGAAUCCGAGCCUCAGACCCGAUCCCCUGAAUACACUCACGACAACCCCCUGGAAACAAGGAACAUCGCCUUCUUCUCCACCAACUGCGUGGAAGCCUCCGGGCUGGAGGUGGGGCGCACCCCGAUCUCCAUGGAGAUCGAGCACUUCAUCCACAUCAUCACGGGCGUCGCCGUCUUCCUGGGCGUGAGCUUCUUCGCCCUGUCCCUCAUCCUGGGGUACUCGUGGCUGGAGGCCGUCAUCUUCCUCAUCGGGAUCAUCGUGGCCAACGUGCCCGAGGGGCUUCUGGCAACUGUGACCGUGUGUCUGACGCUAACGGCCAAGCGCAUGGCUCGCAAGAACUGUCUGGUGAAGAACCUGGAGGCUGUGGAGACGCUGGGCUCCACCUCCACCAUCUGCUCUGACAAGACGGGCACCCUCACACAGAACAGGAUGACCGUCGCCCACAUGUGGUUCGACAAUCAAAUCUAUGAGGCGGACACCACAGAGGACCAAUCAGGCUCAACCUUUGACAAGAGCUCGCCGACCUGGACGGCUCUGGCUCACAUCUCUGGUCUUUGCAACCGAGCCACCUUCAAACCAGGUCAAGAGAACGUGCUGAUACUUAAGAGGGACACCGCCGGGGACGCCUCCGAGUCCGCCCUGCUGAAGUGCAUCGAGCUUUCCUCUCCGUCCCUCUUGCAGCUCUCCAUUCACGAAUUCCAGGAUAACCCCAAAGGACACAUCCUGGUGAUGAAAGGAGCCCCCGAAAGGAUCUUGGACCGCUGCUCCACCAUCCUGAUUCAGGGUCAGGAGGUCCCACUCGAUGAGGACAUGAAGGAUGCCUUCCAAAACGCCUACAUGGAACUGGGAGGACUGGGAGAGAGGGUACUGGGGUUCUGUCACUAUCACCUCAGCCCGGACAAGUUCCCGCGUGGGUUCAGGUUCGACACGGAAGACGUGAACUUCCCGACGGAGGACCUGUGCUUCGUGGGGCUGAUGUCCAUGAUCGACCCCCCGAGGGCAGCCGUGCCAGACGCGGUGGGCAAGUGCCGCAGCGCGGGGAUCAAGGUAAUCAUGAACGACUCCCCAGCCCUGAAGAAGGCCGACAUCGGGGUGGCCAUGGGCAUCGCCGGGUCGGACGUCUCCAAGCAGGCCGCCGACAUGAUCCUCCUCGAUGACAACUUCGCCUCCAUCGUCACCGGAGUGGAGGAAGGUCGCCUGAUUUUUGACAACCUGAAGAAGUCCAUUGCCUACACUCUGACCAGCAACAUCCCAGAGAUCACUCCCUUCCUGCUCUUCAUCAUCGCCAACAUCCCCUUGCCCCUGGGCACCGUCACUAUCCUGUGCAUUGACCUGGGCACUGACAUGGUCCCGGCCAUUUCCCUGGCGUACGAGGCAGCAGAGAGCGACAUCAUGAAGAGACAGCCCCGCAACCCCAGGACGGACAAACUGGUCAACGAACGGCUCAUCAGCAUGGCCUACGGGCAAAUCGGUGAGGACAGACCUUGCUUACUCAACUCACGCUCCUGCUCACUCAUCUUCGGACCGUUGAGCCAGACGGCAGCCUCUUUUCCUGCGCCGAGUCUCCUGGGUCCUACUGGUGCAGUGGGCCAGCCAAUUUGCUCGGUUUGUUUAGAAAUUGGCGCAUCCUUCUACAGCAGUGGCGACGACAGCCAGUGCCGACAAUACGUUAUAAUAACUCCCCUUUCACCACAGACCUACGAGCAGCGCAAGAUCGUGGAAUUCACCUGCCACACGGCCUUCUUCUCUAGCAUCGUGGUGGUGCAGUGGGCCGACCUCAUCAUCUGCAAGACUCGCAGGAACUCCGUCUUUCAACAGGGCAUGAAGAAUCGGAUCCUGAUCUUCGGGCUGUUUGAAGAGACGGCGCUGGCGGCUUUUCUCUCCUACUGCCCCGGGAUGGAUAUCGCUCUGCGCAUGUACCCGCUCAAAAUCACCUGGUGGUUCUGUGCCUUCCCCUACAGUCUCCUCAUCUUCAUUUACGACGAGAUCAGGAAGCUCAUACUCCGAAGGAAUCCCGGGGGCUGGGUUGAAAAAGAGACGUACUACUAACUGAAGAUCAAUUCAAGAUGUCAGCAGUGUGCGCACUAAAAUAUUAGCUGGCAUGGAAAAAAAAACAUUUUACCUGAAGUGUUAUCUUCAAUCUAAAUGAGUGUACAAAGGGCUUCUUUUAUAUACAUCAGACUGAAGUUGUCUCUCAUUCAGACACCAAAUAAAAUGCUCUAAAUACAAA